UUCCUGUUUGACUAUGUGUGUGUGUGUUGUACCAGAGCGAUGCUAAACAUGAGCAGCAGCCAGAGAGAGGAGAGGGAGGAAAAGCCUGUUUACACAGACUGCAAACUGCCUGGGGAAUAAUGCAGGAAAGGAAGUGAGCCGGCUCUCUGUCUGACUGCUCCAACUUCCUGCUCUCUCUCUCUCUCACACACACACACACACAUAUAUACCAAAGGGAAAAAAGAAAAGAAAGAAAAAAAUCAGGCUCUCAUUACAACAGAAACCUUUGCAGACGACCGUCAGCAUGGGAAACGAAGGGAUUUUACCAAUAUAAUUUGGGAAAGUUAUAAAGGGCAGAAGAAAGUUGCUAGAGGACAGCAGGAGUUUGGGUAUGGAGAGUGCAAUCACACUGUGGCAGUUCCUGUUGCAAUUACUACUCGACCAGAAACAUGAGCAUCUCAUCUGCUGGACGUCAAACGAUGGGGAAUUUAAACUGCUCAAGGCUGAAGAGGUGGCCAAACUCUGGGGGCUUCGAAAGAAUAAAACGAACAUGAACUAUGACAAACUGAGUCGAGCCCUUAGAUAUUAUUAUGAUAAGAACAUCAUCAAAAAGGUCAUCGGACAGAAAUUUGUGUACAAGUUUGUUUCCUUCCCGGAGAUACUAAAGAUGGAUCCGCACUCGGUGGAAGUCAUCAGGGAGAGUGUGUUGCUGCAGGACAGCGACUGCAAGAUCCCAUCUGAUCUCAGAGAACAUCAUAAACAAACACUGGCAGCACUGAAAAGUGCCAGUCGGAAUGAAUACAUCCACUCAGGCCUGUAUUCCUCCUUCACUAUUAACUCCCUGCAAAACCAGACAGAGAACUACAAGGUUAUCAAAACAGAAAACCUACAGGAACACGAAGAGGAGGAGGAGGAGGAGGAAAAGGAAGAAGAGGAGGAUGAGGAGGAGGUCAAACCACCCAUCAGGAGCUUGGUGGAGGAAACCAGAACUGUUAUAAGAUUUGUUACAAACAAAACAGAUAAGCAAGUGGUAUCCUUGCCAACUACAUCAGAAUCAUCAGCUUUCCUUUCCUCCUCUUUGUCUACUAAAGGUUCUUCUCAUAAGUGCUCCAAUGCAGCUAGUGUGUCUUCAGCAUCUCCUUGUUCUUCCCGUUCCCCAUCCUUGUCCCCCAAUCUGUCCUACCCAAUUGACCAGAGAAGUCUGUUCCUUGAUUACUCCUGCCAUAGCACAGAUUUCAUGGAACCAUUAAACCUCUCUGCAAGUUCCAAAACAAAAUUAUCAUCUUGCCAUCCACCGAAAGCCAAGAAGCCCAGAGGCCUAGAAAUCUGCUCUCCACCUAUGCUUCUCUCUAGUAGUGAUAUUGGAUCCAUUGCUCUCAAUAGCCCAGCACUUCCUUCAGGAUCCAUGACCCCAGCUUUCUUCACAGCUCAGACACCAAAUGGAUUACUGUUAACCCCUAGUCCACUCUUGUCCAGUAUUCACUUCUGGAGCAGCCUCAGUCCUGUAGCUCCAUUAAGUCCGGCCAGGCUGCAAGGACCAAACACCUUGUUCCAGUUUCCCAGUCUGCUGAACAGUCAUUUACCAAUGCAGCUGCCAGGAAUGGACAGAGCAUCAUCUCCAGUGCUUCUCUCAUCCAACGCCCCAAAAUCCUGAUGCACCAUGGGAUGGACUGUAAUAACUCAUAAUACCCAUCAUAAUCCCCUUUUUCUGGAGAAAUCUGUGAAGAGCAUGUCCAUUUUUACUUGGCACUUUUUCUUGUAGUUUAUCUGGAUUCAGUUCCAAGUGUUGUACAACACCAAAUGAAUCUGCCACUCCCAGCAUGCUCUGCUAGCUAUGAAUUGCUUUAAACUGUAGUGUAAAGGCAAGUAGGAGAACCACGGGUUGGCUCUAUGUAUUAAUGUAAAAGAAAAUGUGAUAUAGUUUUUGUAUAUGCAAAGUGUUGAGCACUGUUGAAUUCCAUUUCUACUUAAAAAAAAGCAGAUUUUUUAGUAGUGAUCACUGCACAGCAUAGCUUCUCGUUGUGCCACUAGUAUCUCAUAACACAGACUUCAUAGUUAAGCUCUGCACUACUAAACAGCCACAUGUAAUGUUCAGGUGGCCAUAGACACACCAAUAAAAACAAUUAUGAAACUAUAUGAACUUUGAAACAAAUACGAAAUUCGGGUGUUUAUGGUGGGAAAGGAGCAGAACGAUAUGGGCAGAAGACUUGGAUAUCUGUCUGCUCUUCGAUCAGGCUGGCGGGAAAAUUUUAAUCCGCGCCUUUAAGGGCUACCAGACAUCGCCCACUGUUAGGGCAAAGACAGACGAGAAGAAUCGGGGAGAUUUAGACGCCCGAAGUUGAGGAAACGUUGGAAAACAAAGCGAUCCGAGUAUGGGGAAAUUAGAUGCCCGAAGAAGAGGUUAUUUAUUGCCUGGCGACUUAAUUCCCUGAAUCUUCUCGUCUGUCUCUGCCCUUAGUGCCGAAUUGUCAGAUACAGGCAGAAUUCUAUUUUUUCUGACUGUAUAUCGUACAAUUCAGCUCUACACGUUUGUAUUGAAACAAACAAUCUUUCUUGGAAAGAUCUUUUCCAGGAAAGAUCAUAAUCGUCACGUCUAUGGCCACCUUGAAACAUCUAGCACAGUAAUGAAUUUAUAGGCCCCCCCUUACAGCUUUAACAUUGUCAACUGGAGGCUCUCUAACCGAUGCCAUACUACAACUCUCAGCUUCUGAAUCAUCGCUGGUGUCUGACAGAAGGUUGGGAGUCAGGGAUCCCCAGCCUUUUUUUACCCUUGAGCCACAUUAAAUGUAAAAAAAAGUUUGAGAGCAACAGAAGCAUGAAAAAACAAAAAGUUGCUUUG